UAUUGGACUGCUUCCAAUUAUUUUCGUAAAUCAUUUGCGAGCCUUGCUUAUGUCCAUAAUGAGUCCGUUCACAUCUACUCCCAUCUUGUACCUGCCAUUCUCCUUUCAGUCUUUAGCAUAAUGCUCCAUAUAUCACCCAAAGCUAGGUAUGCGAGCGUAUCAACAGCAGAUACCAUAGCUUUGGGGUGUUUUGUGCUUGGGGCUGUUCUGUGCCUGGUCAUAUCAGCAACCUUUCACACCGUUCAGAGAAAUUCCUCGCAUAUAGCACCUAUUGCAAAAGAAAUGGAUUAUAUUGGUAUUGUAUUUCUGAUAGUUGGGAGCUUUAUUCCAAGCAUAUUUUAUGGGUUUUACUGUCACCCUAUCCUACAAAAACUCUAUAUAUCUAUGCUUCCCUCGGUCUCCUUUGUACCGCAAUUUCAAUAAUUCCUCAAUUUCGACACCCCACCUGGCGAUCCUUUCGUGCGAUGAUGAUCAUCGCCCUUGCGCCAUGAGCACUCUUACCUGUCAUUCAUGGAAUUAUGAAGUUUGGUAUUAGGCAAAUGAACAAACAAAUCGAUCUUUUCUGGGUUGUUCUUCAGGGUUCUCUCUAUAUUGUAGGGGCUUGCAUAUAUGCAUAUCUAGAUAACCUCCCGCCAAAUAUUUCACCAUAUGGUGGAAUUGGCUAUAAUAAUGCACCUUCAUGGAUUGAUCAAUGCCUUCGAUUACAAUCAUGGUCUUAUGCCAUACAUUGCUGAUAGGAGUGAGUCAAUCUGCUGCGUCGUUUCCUAGGCUGUCGCAGGGCCCGGGCAUCUAGGAGAGCGAA